CAGUUCUCUCUAAAAGGAUGAGAGAUUUAUAUGAAAUUUCACUUCAAUUCCUUGGCUCCGCAGCAGAAGCAGGAAAGACUGAAAUGUGAGAAACAAGGACGAGAUCAGAGGGAGAAAGACGAUCUGAAGAGGUUUUGAUUCGGGAUGGAAUCGACGGACGAGAUGGCGUUGAUGAAGGAGCAUCUCUUAAAAAGGAGGAUGGAAGCUAACGGGGGAGAGAUGAGGAGGAUCCACGUCCUCUAUUUCCUGAGUCGGAUGGGUAGGAUUGAACAUCCUCAUCUCAUCCGUGUCCAUAACAUGAAUCGGACGGGUGUUCGGCUGAAAGACGUGAAGAGAUGGCUAUCGGAUCUGCGAGGAAAGGACAUGCCUGAAUCAUUCACCUGGUCUUUCAAGAGGCGAUAUAAGACAGGCUAUGUUUGGCAAGACUUGCUGGACGAGGAUCUCAUCACACCCAUUUCCGACAACGAGUACGUCCUCAAAGGUUCCCAGAUUUCGGCUUCCGCUUUUGAUCGGUGUUCUUGUAACAACUCAAUAACCCCGACACAAAUACCCGAUACGGCUAAGGACAAAGCGCAGCAAUCUCAAGAGGAUCCCGAUACAAAGGCCGAUAUUUCGUGCCAGCCGGCUCAGAUCGAGUCGGAGGUGGGCGAUUCAGCAAGAAGAAUGGUAGCUUUCGAGGUCGAAGAAGUAGAUCGUACGGCCGAGAGUAUUGCGGAUUCUUCGUUUCCUGCGUUUGGAAGCUUAAGGGAGAAGAAGAAGAGUCAACGGUCGAUGGGAAGGAGCUACUCGAUCGGGGCUUCUAACGUCUUCCGUAACCUGCUUGCGUGUGGAGUGGUGGAGACGAACGAAUCGACGAUUGUACCGACAAAUCGGCGAAGUGCGCCCGUUCCAAGAGAAGAAGAAGGGAGUAAAGAUGUGUGUGAGGUGGCGCGUUUGGGUGGAUCCAGGAGGUUUCACUCUCGCUCUUUAAAUCAGCAGCAGCAGAGCAGCGGGGAAAACUACGAAGAGACUGAUAAGAGUGGGAGAAAGGGAGCUGAAUUCGGAAAUCAGAAAAAGGUUCCUUCUAUUUAUAAGCCCGUGUCCGAGCCCAAUUGUUCGCAAUGUGGGAAGGGAUUCAAGCCAGAGAAAUUACACGCCCAUAUGAAAUCUUGCAGGGGUUUGAAAGCUUUAGGAAAAGGCGAGAGGCCCAUUGGAACAUCAACAGACGAGAUGAAGCCUAAGGAAGAAACCCUUCGCUAUCUUUUACUCACCCACACCAACAGCUAGUUUUGUACUCGCGGACAGGUGGUCAGGUGGGUCAGUCCACAGAUCGCCUGGGGCAAAAUUCGGGCAGGCCACUCAUUAGAUGGGCUAAAACCGCACACUGAGUUGGAGCAUCGACUGUCCAUCAAUGCCAACGGUGUAGCUGCAUCGUAGCUUUCACCAUGCGUCAUCUUCAUGAGGCCCACUUUUUGCACGGCUCAGAUGUUCUUCUUAAGUGAAUAGCAACCAUAGUGUGUGAAAGCUGAUAUACGACAAUGUUAGGUGAAUAUUUCUCAUUUUAUACAUAUGUAAAUGGUUUUUAGCAUUGUCCCAUCUUGGAUAGUCCGUUGAGGUUCACCAAUAUUCUAUUUUCACCAUUCAAUCUGAACCGUCCAACUCAAAGUUUGCCUUUUGGAUGAGAACCAUUGCAAAAUUCAAG